AUGAAUGGGGAAAAAAUUCUCGAUCGAACAGCUUCAGCCAACGAUGAUAUUCUCUCUGCUAAAAAUACAACACCUGCAUGCAAGAGAUCACCACCUGUGGUGAAGAUCUUUUUGAAGGAUCUGAUCGAGGAUCCUCGAGUGGAACAAGCGUCGAAGAACCGUCGUAAACGAGCAGUCACGAAGACAAUAGGAGGGGUGACCGACGUCCACGCUUCUCCUCAUCCACCCGAUGGCAUCAGCCGCGAUCGUGCAAGCGAAGCUCCUGACCGAACGUUAUAUAAUUGUGGCAGAUUACUUUCAGCGUUGGUCACAUGCAUGCUGCCGUACUCGGCUCUCUGCUUACAAACGUUCUCCCGCAGUGGACAUUCGGCCAUCGAACGACCUAAGCGUCGCAGCCACAAGGAUGGAACACCAUCGAGAAGAAAACAGCAGGAUCACAUGGAAACGUCUCAAAGAUCUUCUGUUGGAUCUUCAUUUAAAUUCAGAUCGAUCGGCUUAAGUAUUGGGAAGAGGCCUUGGCUGUGGUUGUUAGUGUGCUUCUGCAUAAACUGUAUCUGCGCACCUGGACUGUACUUCUGGAAAGAAGAGUUCGACGACAUCGAGCUCUUCGUGCCUGACGACUCCGUGAUACGCAACGACGCUACCUGGGUGAAGACACACUUCCGGGACGAUUUCCGAUACGAAAGUAUCAUCGUCACAGCCCCCAACGUUUUGGAGCCGGAAGUGCUGCGCUCGAUACUUCACGUGGUUCAACAUGGACAAUAAGACGGACAUAUUUGAAGACCUUGAAGUCACUGAAGACAUCUUGAUCGAAUUGAACAACACGGUGCUAAAAAACGGAUGUAUAUAUCAGUCUAUUAUACAACUUUGGGAAACCAGUUUAAUGAAAGAUGUUCGUAAUUUGACGAGGAGGGAGGUGCUUGAUGAUGUGACUAAAGCAAUCCGACAUAAAAUCAACGGUACUAUCCUAUUAGAUGUUGCACCUUUGCUUUCGGGAAUUUUCUAUGACAAGAAAGGUCGAGUUAAAGGUGCCAAUGCAACUAUUCUUAAUUGGAUGUUGAAGAAAUCGAAUCCAAAUUCAGCUAACUGGGAAUUAGAAUUCGUAAAUCGUGUUCUUCAUUCGAACGUUACGUUCCCUCCAGGAAUGGAAAUAUAUGCAAUAGCUUCACGAAGUUACAUAGAUUCUCUACAUCAAAUACUGAACAGUAAUCUAACAGUAUUAUGCUGUGGAAUCUCUUUGAUAGCAAUCUAUGUAAUGGUGAUGAUCGGUAAAUGCAACGCGUUGGAACAACGAAUUUAUUUGUCGAUAAUGGGGGUGUUUGUGGUUGGUCAAGCGAUUUUGUCCUCUUACGGAGUAUGUUAUUAUUUGGGUUAUUCCUAUGGGCCUAUACAUUCCAUUCUUCCAUUUCUGUUACUUGGUAUAGGUGUCGAUAAUAUGUUCGUGAUCAUGCAGAGUCUGGAAAAUCUUUCAGAAACUGACCAAUCUACGGAUAUACCAACGCGUAUUGCUAAAUCUGUCCAACAGGCUGGUAUGUCAAUCACAGUGACAUCCUUUACGAACAUAAUUGCAUUUGCCUUUGGUAUAACAACUGUGAUGCCGACUCUCAGAUCUUUCUACGCAUUCGCUACGUUAGGAAUUCUAUUCUUAUACAUAUAUGAAAUUAUAUUCUUCGUGAGCUGUCUUGUAUACGAUGAAAAAAGGCUCGAGGCUCGUAAGGACGGUUGCUUUUGCCGGCCUAAACUAAAUUGGAAACCCAACGAUUGCAGCCAACGGAACACCCAACAGAUUAUUUUUGAAAACUACAUCGGCUUGGGAAUCACUAAAAUUACGACGAAAGUAAUUAUCCUGCUAAUCACUGCCGGCUUGUUGUGCGUUAAUACAUGGGCAGUGUUUCAAUUAGAACAAAAUUUUGAUCCGCUUUGGUAUUUAAAUCAAGACUCCUACCCCAUUCAGUUCAACAAUAAAUUGAAACAGUAUUUCCCGAAAUAUGGAAAACGAGCAGCGAUUUACAUGACCGGCGUGGAUUACUACGGCGACCGUACAUCUCUUUCUCAAUUGAUAGAAGUUCUAAGGCAUAAUCAGUUCAUUAACAAUAGCACUCUUGAUCCAUGGUUUAUUGCCUAUGAGAAAUGGCUUAAUAUUACUAACAAAGGUGAUAUUGAAAGCAGAGAAGAAUAUUAUAAUAUUUUAACGGAAUAUUUGCUUUUAACGAAAGAAGGCCAAGCAUAUAUUAAGGACAUCAAUUUCGAUAAAUUACCGGCUGGAGAAUAUAAUAUAACGACGUCGCAAAUUCCUAUACAACACAUUAUGAUCAAUACAACAUCGGAACAAAUACAAGCAAUGCAACUCGUCAGGGAAUCGGUUCAAGCAACGAAUUUCUCUCAUGGACAUGAUUACAUAGCAAUAUUUUCGCCUGAUUACGUUUCAUGGACGGCGAACAAAGUACUAUGUACUUUUUGAACUUGACCAUCGAAAUGUCUUCGAGUAUCAUGAUUCUAUUAUGUGCGGGACUAGCGGUUGAUUAUGCCGCGCAUAUGGGAUUAGAAUUUAUACGCGCAAAGGGUAGUAGAGCAGAACGUGCGAUAGCUACACUUUCUAUCAUUGGUCCAGCUGUAUUUAAUGGAGGUUUAAGUACGUUCCUAGCAUUCGUUUUGCUAGGUUCUAGCGAAGCUUAUUUAUUCAAUACCUUCUUUAAGUUAUUCACGUGUGUAGUGAUAUUUGGUCUGUUUCAUGGACUAUUAUUUUUACCAGUAAUCUUAAGCAUAGUGGGUCCUAAAGAGAGAAUAAGCAAGGAGAAAAAAGAAACUGUAGUAAGAGAACACAAUGGAUAUUGUAAUGUUCCUCUAUCUCAAAGUGAGAAAGAUAUGUCAGACGCUUUCGAGGAAAUACAGGCAAUUAAAAUAAAAAGAAAUAGUCUACGAGAAAAAUUGCAAAAAAGGAAACGCGAGAGACAUGAGUUAUUUACUCUUACUUCUGCAACAUCAGUAUCAUCCACCUUGACAAAUGAAUCACUUCUUUCCAAUGAUUCAAUGGGACAUUCGCACCGAUCUGACCAUAGUGAAUAUGAAAGAGAUGUGUUAUGUAUUUUACAUGAGUCACUACCCAAUUUGCCAAUCACAUCUGCAGAAUUAAUAGAUCAACUUCGUAAAAAUCUCAAUGCAGAUGUAUCUUCUUCAGAUAUUCAUAAAAUUUUAGAAAAACUUGCAGCUCAAGAUAUUGUUAAAAUCAAAGAAGUAACAGAAAAUGGUGUGUUUGGAUAUACAGUGUUAUCAGUGGCAGAAUCACAAUCAUCAUAUCAGUCUCAAUCAGAUGACACAGAAAAUGCAGAAAGUGCAGAAACAUCUGCAUCUGAAUUGAAUGACUAUGUACCUGCGGAAAAGCAACAAAAAUUAGAUAAGAAAAAUACAGAGGAUAUAAUGUCACUUAUAUCAAUGCCUACUAUUAGAGAGAAAGAAAAUAAGAAGGUUGGAGAACAAAUUUUAGAUUUGUUGUCAAAACAAACAUCUAAGGAAAAAUCACUAGCUGAAAGAUUUCGGUCUCAAGGAGGAGCACAAGUUAUGGAGUUCUGUCCUCAUGGCACACGAGUAGAUUGUGUCAAAUUAAAUGGUGGACCAGGAUUUGCAGAAAAGUGUAAAAAACUUCAUUUCAAAAAAAUUAUUCAAAGUCACACAGAUGAAUCCUUAGGUGACUGUAGUUUUCUUAAUACUUGUUUUCAUAUGGAUACAUGCAAAUAUGUUCAUUAUGAAGUGGAUGGACCAACAACUCAACCAAAAGAAUCAAAUGAAACAGAUAAUGCAAAUAAUAGUACGGUGAAUAAAGGUUUAACAGUAGAUAGUAAAAAUGGUAGUAGUACUGCUUGUCCAACUCCUAGUGCUUCAUUAGGUAGUGAAUUGACUCUUUAUCCACCACAAUGGAUACAAUGUGAUUUACGUUAUCUUGAUAUGACUGUAUUGGGUAAAUUUGCUGUUAUAAUGGCUGAUCCUCCAUGGGACAUUCAUAUGGAAUUACCAUAUGGUACCAUGUCAGAUGACGAGAUGAGACAAUUAGGUAUACCCACUCUUCAAGAUGAAGGUCUCCUAUUUUUAUGGGUAACAGGAAGAGCAAUGGAACUUGGUAGAGAGUGUUUACAGCUGUGGGGAUACGAAAGAGUAGAUGAAAUCAUAUGGGUAAAGACUAAUCAAUUGCAAAGGAUAAUAAGAACUGGCAGAACAGGUCAUUGGCUAAAUCAUGGUAAAGAACAUUGUUUGGUCGGCAUGAAAGGAAAUCCAAGAAUUAAUCGAGGUUUGGAUAGCGAUGUUAUUGUGGCCGAAGUUCGUGCAACCAGUCACAAACCUGACGAAAUCUAUGGAAUUAUUGAACGUAUGAGUCCAGGAACUAGAAAGAUAGAAUUAUUUGGUCGACCACACAAUGUUCAACCUAAUUGGAUCACAUUAGGCAAUCAAGUAGAUGGAGUUCACUUAAUUGAUCCUCAACUUAUUAAAGCCUUUAAAAAACGUUAUCCAGAUGGAAAUUCAAUGAAACUUAGCAAACUAUAA